UUUCUAUCACGCUUGUUUAGUCCAAUUUGUCAUUUUUCUCUUUUGUUGUUACUGUUGUUGUUUUUAAUGCAAAUUAAUGAAAUUGCCCAAAUAAGUCGAAACUUCACUUUGUUAUUGUUUUGAAUUUAGAUUCUUUAGGGCGUGUUUGGAUUGAGGAGUUUAGAGGAAAUUAAAUGUUGAGGGAAACUGAAAUGAUACCCCUUUUCACCCUAGAAUGUUCAUAGAAGAUUGCUAAAAAAUCCUCUUUUUUUUGGAUGGAUUUAGCUGUUAUCAAUAACACCAAUGCCAUUUGGGAUAAUUGAAUGCUUUGGAGUUUGGACAACUGUUUUAUAAGUUUAGAUUGAGGAAGCUGAUUACUUCACAUUUGGAUGUCAGGGUUUAUUGUUGUGGUGUUAGAUCUUAUUAUCCUAAUAUGGGUAGUUAAAAAUGUGGUCUUGCAUGUAUGAUCUUAAAUUCUUACAAUCUUUUAUGUUGCCAAAGAUCUUGAUCAAAAGUAGAACCGGAAAUUGGGGAAUUAUGUAGGAUCGAUCGGUUGCUGAUUCUCUUUUUUGGAUGGAUUUUUCUGUCACUAACACCAAUGACAUUUGUGAUAAUUGGACGCUUUGGUUUCGUCAACUUUUUUAUAAGCUUAAAUUGAGGAAGUUGAUUACUUUACUUUUGUAUGUUAGGGUAUACUGUUAAUCACUGUAGUUAAAAUUAAAACCGUGAUUCUGCAUGUAUGAUCUUAAAUUCUUACAAUCUUUCACAUUGCAUAAGAUCUCAAUCACAAGCAGAAUCUGAAAUUGGCUAUACAAUUGCUAAUCUUACCUGUGUAAUAAAUGAGACCGCUGUGGUUUUGUCAAUCCCUGGUUCUGCGAACUGUGUUCCGUGUCUCGGUUGCAAAAAAUCAUUUUGCCUUGAUUAAAUCAGAAACAUAAAAGCAAGUCAAUAUUGUGCGUGCCUGAGUUUGAUUUUAAGGGGUUACCUGAGUUCAAUUUCGACUGCUGCAAGCAUCUUAUGAUUCCGACUGCAGAGACAUUAUUUGAGUUUGAAGGUAUCUGAGUUGGAGCCAUUCUUUCUGUCGCUCGGGCAUGUGCAACUUUUCUGUGAUCAUCUUCUGAUUUCUUUACUGCGAGCAUUUUGGUUCUCUCUGCUCCUUGUUCAAUGUUCUCUCUGUCCGUGUUAUUUGCUGGUCACACACACUGCUUCUACUUCAGAAAUUUUCCUUCUGUGUUGGCAUGAUACUCUCUGGAUGCUGCUUCAUCUCUUUGAAAGUCUUUUUUCUUCCAACAGUCGUCAACAAAGUUUGGUUGUGUGCUUUUGAACCUUACAUGAUGAGCUUUAUUGAAAUUCAUCAACCCUUUAAUCAUACGCUUCUCUCUUUAAUUAUGAACUGAUCUAUUCCCUUUUGGUUAUUUAUUUCUUGUCAUAAUCACUAUUAAUAAAAAGGUAACUAUAUAAAUAUGUAUAACAUAAAAUAACCAUAAUUACAGAUUGUCAUUCUCACUCAACUUCUUUCAGUAGGAUUGUACAAUCCGUGUUUAUUACCCAAUAUUUUCAAUCUUAGACUCUCUUUCCAAUUUUAGGUGAUGGAUGAAUUAACUGUAAAUAUUAUAAUGUGUUUAUCCUGUCAAAUCGUAACAUCGCAAAAGAUACUAUGGAGUUUGAGUGUAUCUAUAAACUAAACUAAUUGAACAAACUAAAUAUGAAGAGACAUUGCUGGGCUGUGAGGUGAUCUCGUUUCUGUGUUUAAGUUCUUAGUGAUUAAGGUCUACUUCUACUAAAAUAGAAGAACAUCAUUUUAGUAUCAUUGUCAUGUCAAAGGUGUAAUUUUCACGUAGAUGCAACUGUGACUGGGUGACAGUAGUGUCAAUCCUUGAAGUUGUGAUUUUUCAAUGGUUAUCAGUAAACAAAACCUUUUCAAUGUCAAUCCUUUACUUGCGUUUUCUAAAUCUAUCUUAAAAACUAAACUGUUAGUUCUUCAACCUCAAAUUGUGUUUCUGCAACAGCACCUAGUUUCUCAGGUCUUUUCUCACCGAACAUAACUCAGAUCCUCAUAGAAAGAAACUUAGUAAUGUGUAUGUAGUUGCUAGUGGUUAGGCUUAUAUGUCUAUAAUCAUUUCACAGUGCAAGGACAAUUUGGGCUCUAAAUUGAUGAAAAUAGAGUUCGUAUUUAUCACAUGGUUUCCUUAAUGGGUUUCUUCUCAACUUUACAUUGAUGAGGUUAUUGCUUACUUCAUUCCAAUUUCUAACUACUCUUGAAGAAAGAAAUAGUAAAACUUUUGAGUCUUUGGUGUUUUUCCUAUUUAUAAGCUUUAUCUUGGGAUUUAAGACAGCGAUUCGAUUCUUUAAUGAAAGGCUUAUAUUGGUUUUGUUCCGGGUGAAUAUAUGUAUAGGAACAAAAAAAUACUCACGCAGUCAUCACCAAUACCAAAUAAGACUUCCUUCUUCAUGCCAUAAUCCCUUGCUGCAGCACUUGAUGACAUGCUUCUAGUAAGGCAAUGAUUUUCAUGCUUAACUCAGUUGAUUCUCAUGUUUCUUGUUCAUGAUGAUAGCCAACAAAAUAUUAGCUUUAGAUAUUGUUAUGAAGAAACAAUAAUCUAAGUCCACUUCUGCAUUUCAUCAAUAAGGCAGGAGGUUAGGUAAUACCCAGGCUUGAAUAAGUAACUAUGAUAAAUUUUUCUGGGGAAACUACUAUAAUGCUGAUAUAGAAUACUUGUGGAGCCAUAGUUGCUAAAUUGCGGUUAAGGUGGCUCUCUAAUGCAAUUGCAUUAUUGAAUUUGACGAAACUGCCAUUAAUAUUGCAUCGUAGAUUCUGCAAAUCAGGUGUAACAACCACCAAUGGUAAAGUGGGUACAGCGGAUGCGCACCUAUUGUGAGAAACAGGGUAGUUUUUUUUUUUAAAAAAGAACUGAACGGUCACUGUUGUCUCACGUGACUUUUUUUUAUAUUUUUUUUAUGACUAGUGCUGUGCUCUUCAUAUUUUGCUAUCAGCCCCAGUUGAAUAGAAACUGGCAAUCCGCCGCACAAGUAUAAGAAACAUAAAAGAGUACACAGCUUAGUUGGGAAGUCAAAUACUAUGUAUCACUGAUUAGAAGAUACAGUUUUAGCUCUGAAAAUUAGCCCAACCUCAUUCAAUUAUAUUGGUGACCAAAACAAGUUGCUAGUUGGGAGGAUAAUUAGAGAUGAGAUGCUGGGAAUGAGAAGGUCCACGGGAAUGAAAGUUAUGCUGCUCUUAAUUGGAAGCUGUAUAUAGGGAUGCAUGCAUGAGAGCCUAGAAAAUGUAUCAGACAAAGAAUCAGAAUCGUAGCACAGCUCAUAAGAUCCUAAUAUUAGAGAAAAAGAUACACAAACACACACACACAUGCAUAAAUAUUAUGAUAGAUGAAGAAAAGAUACCCAUCCAUCCACAGACUCAUAAAUUCAUAAUUAACUCAAACAGCUAAGUUCAAAAUUGGUUCCCUGCAAAAAUGAAUCCAUUAAAACAAGAAAUUAGAGGAUGAAUUCUCAACCUCAUAAGAAUGAGACGAACCACACCCAACUCGCAAGAGAUAGAGGAAUGAACGGAAGAGAUUCUGAGAGAAGAAAGGAAGAUAUUUUGCCUCAAGACCGGACUUGUGUGAGGAAGAAGUAAAAAUUUCAAUAUUAUUUUACCAUCCAAAAUCUUGGGUUUUUUGUUGACAAAACCCAGCCCAUGUUGGGUCAAUUCCCAAUGAUCUUCUACGAUCCUAUUGCUUCUCUGACCUCACUCACCCUGAUCCCAUUCACAUUGCCACAUGGAAAAGGGGUUUUGAAUUGUAAGAUUGGACGAUCCUACGCAGUUAUCACCGAUCUUACAUACACUGUAUAUUGGGGAAGAGGUUGGAGGAUAAAUGAAUAGAUUUUUUGUUUAUGUUCUAGGUGUUUUCUUUAGAACAAUUGAACUUGUACAACAUAUCUAAUGCUGAAACAUCUUUAUAUAUGCGUUAUCUUUUUAUUUUUUUAUUUGUAUAUUGAUCUAAUGCUUUUUGUAUAUAUGUAACUGAUUUAUUUCAAUUACUAUACAACUUCCGCUAUUUGCCUGCAAUGUAAUGUAAUCAAACCAUUUGACAUAUUGGUAUUGUGUCCUUGUAUCUUGUUUUAUUUUGAUUUUCAGCAUAUAUUGUGUCCUAGUGUAGUCAAGAUCUAGUGCUGGAUCUUACGAUCUUACGUGCUGAGAUUGCCUUUCAGUGCUACGAUCGGAGAAAGAUCUCUUUUCGUGCAUGGUGUGGUCAAGAUCGAGCUUUCUAGAACAAGAUAAUAAAAAAAUAGUGCUGGGCCUGUUUUUUUGGGCUGUCUAACUGGGUUGGGUUUUCUUAAGUGAAAACCCGGUUAUUAUUUCAAUUAGGUUCUCCCUCCUAAGUCCUAACCCUAAAACAGAAUCGGCUGCAUCUUUCACGAUAGGUGCUGGCAACUCUGCAACUUUCAAGCUUCAUCUUCCCAUCCCCAUUCCGUUUUCCUCUCUUGCCCCUCUGUUAUCGUCGCCGUUAAUCUUCCCCACGGCAACGACGACGGCCGCGACCAGUUCUCUCUCUACCAUCGAAAUGCCAGCUACUGGUCUGCCUCCUGGAAUUGAGAUGCAUAAUUAUCUUGCUCGCGAAGAGGACCGUUCUGGUCACCCAAUGGUAAAGGACACAAAAACGAUUGGAUCUGCGUAUGAUCGCUACCUUCAGAGUGGGCAACUUUCUUCAUUUACUUCUGCCGGGGAAGCCAGUACAGUUGGUGCUCUUGGGUUGCAAAGGGGUGUUGGUGGAUUACCGAACCAUUCACUAGGUGAUCCUGCUCUCAUGGGGCGUCACGGUGGUGGUGGUCCUGAUUUUGCACCGAAUGGACGGGGUAUCAAUUAUGGGUUUCAGCCACCUGUGGAUGCAAUUUCAAGGCCUGGACCGGAAACAGCACUCCUACCCCCAGAUGCUUCCCCUACGUUAUAUAUUGAAGGUCUACCUUCUGAUUGUACAAGAAGGGAAGUGGCUCAUAUUUUCCGCCCUUUUGUUGGAUACAGAGAAGUGAGACUUGUCAGCAAAGAGGCCAAACAUCGUGGAGAUCCUUUGAUUCUUUGUUUUGUGGACUUCGCAAAUCCAGCUUGUGCAGCAACUGCUUUGAGUGCCUUGCAAGGCUAUAAAGUCGAUGAAAUCAAUCCCGAGUCUAGUUAUUUGCGGCUUCAGUUUUCUCGGUAUCCAGGCCCAAGAAUUGGAGGCGGUCCAAGAAGUAGUGGACCCGGUCCAAGAAGUAGUGGACCUGGUCCAAGAAGUGGUGCUGGAUCUCGUGGUGGUAGGAGGUGACUUGCAUAACCCAGUUAGGAUUUUUAUGCUCAUAAGAAAUGUGGACGGUCCUUUAAACAUGCUCAUUUUGUGGGCUCGAAUGUUAGCAGGUCAUUACUACACAAAUUCUUAAUUUCAUUUUGCUCCUGAGCCCUUGAGAUGCACAAAUUGUUAUCAGGCAGAGAUCAAAUAGUAAUUUUUCAUUUUAGCUGUGUAAUAUUAUUUGCUAAGUAUGAACAUUAUGUCUAAAUUAUGGUAGCGUUUACUUUGAGUUGACCAAUUACUGUAUUAUUGAAUUAUGUUAUUUUUUGGUUACUCAAAAUUAUCCAUUUACAUGGGCA